AUGUCAGCAGCCACAGCAGCAGCCAUCAACAAGAAGCGGAAGAAGGACGGCCUCAGGCCUAUUAUUACUACUGAGACCGCUCACCUUACAUCCUCCUCCGCCAUGCAAGGCUCGCCUACCUCUACCUCGUCCUCUGUGGAGGACCCCGCCGACAACACCGCCGACGAGGAGGACUCCGAGGACUAUUGCAAGGGCGGUUACCACCCCGUUACUGUCGGCGAGAAGUUCAACAACGGCCGUUACACCGUCGUCCGUAAGCUCGGCUGGGGCCACUUCUCCACAGUCUGGCUCUCUCGCGAUGCCACCACCUCCAAGCACGUCGCCCUCAAAGUCGUCCGCUCUGCUGCACACUACACCGAGACCGCCAUCGACGAGAUCAAGUUGCUCCAGCGCAUCGUCAACGCGAAGCCCGAACACCCAGGUCGCCGACACGUCGUCUCCCUCCUCGACUCCUUCGAGCACAAAGGGCCCAAUGGCACACACGUUUGCAUGGUCUUUGAGGUCCUCGGCGAGAACCUACUCGGUCUCAUCAAGAAGUGGAAUCACCGUGGUAUCCCCAUGCCCCUCGUCAAGCAGAUAACGAAGCAGGUUCUCCUCGGCCUCGACUAUCUGCACCGCGAGUGUGGCAUCAUCCAUACAGAUCUUAAGCCAGAGAACGUCCUUAUCGAGAUAGGCGACGUUGAGCAGAUCGUUAAGAAGGUCGUCAAGAGCGAGCCUUCUUCAGACAAGGAGAACAAUCGCAACGGCCGUCGGAGGCGUAGGACGCUCAUCACCGGCAGCCAGCCCCUUCCCUCCCCGCUCAACGCCAGCUUCAAUCACAACAACCUCUUCCCCUCCCCAGGCUCCCUAGGUCAGAUGGUAAAUGAAGCACGGGAUCCGUCGACCCCCAAGGAUGAGGAGAAGCAGAAGCAGCGCGAGAAGACAGCGGAUCUCCUUACUGAGGAGGUGUCAGGCAUCUCUCUCGACAAAUCUCACAACUCCUCCACGUCGACGUCUUCUGCCGGGGAAAAGCGCAAAGCCGAGGAUAACGGGCUCGGCCUCGACAUUAUCAGCGUCAAGAUUGCUGAUCUGGGCAACGCCUGUUGGGUUAACCACCACUUUACGAACGACAUUCAGACGAGGCAAUAUAGGUCGCCGGAGGUCAUACUGGGUGCAAAAUGGGGCGCUAGCACGGAUGUCUGGAGCAUGGCCGCCAUGGUCUUCGAGCUCAUCACUGGCGACUACCUCUUCGACCCCCAGUCCGGCACCAAGUACGGUAAAGACGACGAUCAUAUCGCCCAGAUAAUAGAGCUGCUUGGCCCCUUUCCCAAGAGCCUCUGUCUGGCCGGAAAGUGGUCACAGGAGAUCUUCAACAGGAAGGGCGAACUCCGCAAUAUUCAUCGGCUCAGGCACUGGGCACUGCCCGACGUCCUUAAGGAGAAGUAUCACUUCAAGGAGGAGGACGCCAAGCGUAUUGCCGACUUCCUGAUCCCAAUGUUGGAGCUGCAGCCCGAGAAGCGCGCCAAUGCAGGUGGCAUGGCCGGCCAUCUCUGGCUCGAAGAUACCGCCGGCAUGAAGGGAGUCAGGAUUGAGGGUCUCGAGGUCGGUAGCCGCGGCGAGGGCAUAGACGGUUGGGCCACCGAGGUUCGGAGACGGUAG